UUCUGUACAUACGGUAUAUACCGUACCUAUCUACCUAGGUAAGUUCCAUCUGUAUGUUAUGUAUGCAAUUGUUUGCAAUUCGAACUCCUUGCACCUUCUUCAACGUCUAUACAUUUAAAGCCGAGGUCUUCUCUGUAUAAGACGAAACUUACAACUUACAAAUACCUACAUCAGCAUUCUCGACACUUUCAAGUUACCCUCUUUAGAUAUCCCAUCCUAACAGUAUUGUUUCAUUCAACUUCAAUAUGUCUCCUCCGGGAUCAAUUAGCAAUUUGGACUGGGAGCCCAGCUUUGACACAAUUGCUGUGCAUGGCGGACAGGAACCUGAUCCGAUCAACGGCGCAAGAGCUGUGCCCCUUUACCAGACUGCUGCGUACAACUUUUCCGACGCUGCUGAUGGAGCAAGCAAGUUCGCCUGGUCUCGAGACGGAUAUGUCUAUACGCGUAUGGGCAAUCCGACUAACACGGUUUUUGAGAACCGAAUGGCCAUGCUGGAAGGUGGCGUUGGAGCAGUGGCUACCGCAUCUGGUCAUGCAGCGCAGUUCAUGGCCUUGACCCAAUGCUGUGAACCCGGCCACAACUUCAUCAGUACUAGUUGGCUAUACGGUGGCAGUUUCAACCAAUUCCGUGUGUAUUUGAGCAAGUUUAAGAUUAACGUCAAAUGGGUGGUCGGAAACGACCCCGCAAAAUUUGAUGAAGCAGUCGACGAGAACACGCGAGCCAUUUACAUCGAGACGAUCAGCAACCCGAAACAUAGCGUUCCGGACAUUGCAGCGAUUGCCGCCGUGGCCCACAAGCAUGGCAUCCCCUUGGUUGUCGACAACACUUUUGGUAUGGGCGGAUAUUUGUGCCAGCCUAUCAAGCUUGGAGCCGACAUUGUUACACACUCGGCUACGAAAUGGAUCGGUGGCCACGGAACUAGCAUGGGUGGUAUCGUGAUCGAUGGCGGACACUUCGACUGGAGUGCGUCGGGAAAGUUCCCCGGCUUCACGGAACCUGCGGAGGGUUACCAUGGCAUGCGAUUCUGGGAGACGUACGGAAAGAAGGCGUUGGCAGCUAAAGUACGAAUGGACAGCAUGCGUGACCUUGGCCCUUGCAUGAGUCCCUUCAAUGCCUGGCUAUUCCUUCAGGGACUAGAAACGCUCCCGCUUCGGGGUCAGAGAACUGUUGAAAACACACAGAAGCUCGCAGAAUGGCUCGAAGCCCACCCCUGUGUCAACUGGGUGCUAUACCCGGGCUUGAAAUCGCAUCCUGACUAUGAGCUAGCAAAGAAGGUUAUGCCGAAGGGAGCAGGUGGCGUCCUGACUUUUGGUGUGGCUGGACAAGUUGAGCAAGUCCGUGCCGUGGUCGACAAUCUCAAGAUGGCUAGCCAUUUGGCAAACGUCGGAGACUGCAAGACCCUCAUCAUUCACCCCUGGGUAACCACACACCAGCAGAUGCCCGAUGAUGAGAAGAUCAAGGGUGGUGUGACGCCCGACCUCCUGCGUGUCAGUCUAGGUAUUGAGGACUUCGAAGACAUCAGGCGCGAUUUCGAGCAGGCAUUUAAGGCCGCCGGCCUUGAGAAGGCAAGCAAGAGCGGCAUAGAUCCUUUCCAGACGGCCAUGAACCUCGUCAGUGGAGGAUUUAUGGGCAAGCUAGCUACGGGUCCGCCGCGGCCCGGUACGGAUGGAACCAUACAAUCUUGAGUAAUUGCAUCGUACAAAAAGUGAGGACUCUCGGCUAGAUACGGGGCAUCGAUACCAGGCGGCGUAAGAGUUACGGGCGGCAAGGGUGUUGGUGAGUUCAAGCAGGUGGUAUUUGCAUUAAUGGGGAGCACAUUGGCAUCAAUUACUUGGCCAUCGAAUAUCGGGAUGAUUUACUUAAAGGAGGUCCGUCCCUCUUAUGUAGGUACAUGUAACGAUUGAUUUCAUGAAUUCCACUCUACGAAUACCUAGAUACGAAUACAGAGCAAUUGCUUUUAUCAAAUAUGCCAUUAGCCAUGUCUCG